UUUGCAAUAUCACAAAAAAAAAAAAAAACCAAUUUAAUACAUGAGAUCUACAAUUCAAAAAAUCAAAUCACUACUAAAAGCAAUCAGCACCUGUUAAAUAUAUACAUAUAUAUAUGUCUAUAUAUGUAUAUGAAUAUAUAUGUAUAUUAUUCUACAAUAAACAUCAAUCAAAACUAUUGUAUAAACAACAGCAGCAACAACAACAACAACAACAAAAAUUAUAAUUAACAAACAACAAGCAACAAUAAAAUAACUUCAACAUUAUAAAAGACCACCACAGCAUGUCUGAAAGCAUUCAGCCUACAGUCCUAGGAAAUAGAACAUACUAAACUCCAAUGAAAUGGAUAUGAAAAAGAUAUCAAAACCACGGUACUGUUAUAACAACAACUACCAUUUGUUACCACCAUUAUUUUUGCAAUUACCAAAACUAUUACUACUAUUAAAUUUUUUAUUAAUACAAUUAAGAUUACUAUUAAUACAAUUAAAAGAAAUACAUAACUCAGAGAAGUUAUUUCAUAUGUAUUAAAACUGAUAUGAAUAAAUAUAUUUGAGCAAAUAUAUAUAUUUAUACAUAUAUAUAAAGAGGGGAACGUUAACGAGAGGAGUCGAAUCAAACUAAAGUAUAUAGACAGCACAAACCUGCAAACAAAAUUAAUGAGGAUAAGCUAUGAGGGAAACUUACAUGGAGGAUUACGAGCGUCGACAGCGAAGAGAACGUGAAAAAUCGGAACGACAACAAGUGCAGACUGUUGAUCGUGAGCAUUCAUUAUUUUCUGAACCCAGACGUGUGAAUCCCUCAGAAGGUGAUGAUGAUAUAACAGCCAAAUUGGGUGAUUACUCCAAAGCUAAGGAAUUCAUUAGCUUGUAUACAGUUGGUAUAUCAAAUUCGGGCCAUGGUCAUAUGCCACCAAAUGCUGUCCUACCGGGUAUUAUGCCAACAAGUGCCUCUAGUGGUGUUAAUUUAGGUGGUAGUAUUGGUAUUGGUGGUAUAAAUAAUAAUGGUAACUCACAAAAUAUAUCAUCAACGGGCGUUGCGUCAAUAGCACAACGUUUACCACCGUCACAACAACAACCGCCACAUCACUACCAACAACAACAAACACGUCAGCCUUAUGUUAAGCAGGCUGAUAAUAAACCACCAUAUAAUGGACGUGGCGGUUAUCCUGGCCAACCAGUGAAGAACGAUUUACGUUCAAGUAGUGGUAUGGCACCACCGAAAGGCCCACCACAACAAAUAACACAACAAUCAAUGUCGUCCUCCUCAGUCACUUCUGCAACAGCAGCAAAUACGACGUCAACAUCUACAGCGGUUGGUGCAAAUUCAAAUCUGUUUCCACCGCCAUCAUCAACACUCAUGCCAAAUGGACGCCAGAAUGCGUCAGACAAAACUUUUCCUAAGCCAAGUCAAUCUACGUUUUCAACUGCAUCAUCAACGACGCAUAAUGGUCGAUUCUCACAACCGCAGAUACCAAAAAGUCGCCAAAAAUUACCACUAGAUAAUGAUAUCAAAAAUAUACUCAACCUUAUGACAAACGUAUUUCGUCCACCUGAAGCACCUUUAACGUUGAUUGCUGCAACGCCCCAUUCAACAAUUGUAGAGAACUAUAAUUUAAAUGGUCCUAAUAAGCAUAAAUAUGCCUUCAUAGAGCCUAUGAUACCGCCUACAACACAAAUACCAUCGCCACCAGAUGGACAACAACAGCAGCAACAACAACAAAGUCAACAACAGCAACAAACGUCUCAGCAACAAAUUCAACAGCAGCAACAACAAACACAGCAGCAACAACAACAACAAAACCAGAUGCUUCAACAUCAGCAACCACAGCAACAACAGCCAGUGGCAACAAUCAAUUCUACUAUACCAUCACAAAGACCAAAGGAAAAUUUAAAGCCGUUAAAAACGGAAAAAGUCACACCAACAUUGGAAAAACAAAAUUCAACUCUUGAAAACGAUUUGGAACUUUCAGAAUCUGAUGAUGAUCGAAAGAAACAGAGUCGUUCAGCAUUGAAUUCCAGUGAUAGUUCGCAGUCUGAUUCCAGUGAAUCAGGUAGUGAAGAUUCUUCCAAAGGUGAACAACAGCCGCCGAAACAAAAUCAUCACCAGCAUCAGCAGCAACAGCAAUCGCAACAACAAUUGCUGCAACAGCUCAAAGUUCAACAGCAGCAAUUAUUGCGACCACAACUAAACGCCAGUGCAACCAACUCUGCCAGUGCAGCUGCAUCUAAAAAGAAAAAUAAUCAAUCGCUGAACACCGAAAACUGUAAUAAUAAAAAUUUAUUAAAUAGCAACAAAGCAUCGUCUCCAUCAGAUUCAAAUAAAUGGAAUCUGCGUUGCUAUAUCACUCAGCACUCGCAAAAUGACGCUUCGCCAGCUUCAGUUGUUAAUUCAAUGAAUGUUGGCCUGAAUGUGCCAACUAUGAUGUUACCAGGUGGCGCUCAAAUCAUACCAGAACCACCAAUGCCACAACAGUUGUCUGCCGCUAAUAAUAAUUCUCAACCGAACACCACAAUUGUUAAAAACGAACGUAUUGCUGAAGAUGAUGAGGAUGAUGACGAUGACGAGGAUGACGACGAUGAUGAUGAUGAAGAAGAUGAUGAUGAUGAAGACUGCAAUGGUAAUGCUAAAGCUCCAACUAAAGAAUCCUUUCACCAUUCUAAUAGCAGUGGAACAAAAGGUUUUGUUGGUCGGAAACCGCAUGGUUUAAGUGUUACACCAUUAGCACCACUAAUUGAUGAUAUAAAAAAGGAAGUACCAAUACUUAAUUCUGCAGAUUUCGUUACUAUUCCAACAAGUCAAAUUAAACAUGAAACGCCUACAGGUUUGGCAAUUACAACUGUUACUCAGUUUGGUACGCGUAGUCCCACAGAUGCGAAUCAAAAUGAUGAUAAAAGUGUGCAAGAAUUGCGUAAAAAAGCUGAGGAAUACGCACAGAUUGAAGGUUUAUCUGCGCUUUCAGAUAGCAACAGCAGCGAUGACGAUAAAACGGUCACACUACCCAUUCCUGGACCAGGUGGUACUUUGCAAAUACCAGGAGUUCCAGCCGCAAUUACAGCACUCCCACGCUCGCCACCACAUCAACAUAAACCACCACCAACGUUGCCAAAUUCUCUUAUCGUAACAAUUGACACUUUACCUGCAUCACCAAAAGUACGCGGUAAAAAGUCUAGAAAAAAACCAAAAAAGUCUUUACAUUCAACAAAUGGUGAUUCCAGUGAUGAAGAGCCCGAAUUUACUGCAACACGUUCAUCAAAUAAUACAGUAUCACUAAAAGUAAACAACAAAAUGCAUCAUGAAGCGUCAAAUAUUUCUGAUCUUAAAAUUACUGUGAAGAAAGGACGUGGCCGACCACGUAAAAACACGCCAAACCAAAGCGGAAAUAUAAGCUCAGCUUCAUCCACAGCAAAAGGGUCGUCUUUGACCGAUAAAAAAGAUGUUGCAAAAAAAUCGACAGGUCGUAAAAAAGUAUCACGACAAAAUUCCUCAACAUCAUCAACGCCUCAAGAAAAUACACCAAUUAAAUUGAAAAUUACAACAACCGGUGCACAUACUGCCAAAACGCAGCAGAUAGUACCGCCUCGUCAGCCACAAUUAAUUGUAAUUCCCAACCCUUUAUCAAACUCUGUAAUACCAACAAGUGAAGAUUCGUCAUCAUCUUCUUCCACAUCAUAUUCCACUUCAAAGUCAUCGAGUUCCUCCUCCGAUUCUGAAGGAGGUAGUGGCAAUUCGGGGUCAUCAUCUGAGGAUGAGCAAGUAAAUAAGCAUGAAACACGUUUAAAAUCUUCUUUGGUUAAUAAUGCAACUACCACUGCAACAAAUACACAAACAACUCAUACUGCAGCUGGUCGCCGUAUUGUCAAACAACUUAAUAAACGUAAAUCAUCGUUAGAUGAUGUUGCGUCGUUACCAAAAAGUGCUAAUGGCUUACAAACUUCAGGAAUUACGACAGCCAAUGUCGCAUCAAAAAAACCACGCACACAACCUUUACAGAACAACAAAAUUGCUUCAUCUUCAUCAUCAUCAGAUGAUAGUUCAGCAGAAGAGUAUGUUUCUCAGCCUGAACCGACAAAUGUAAUUGCAGGCGUGACAACUAAUACACAAUCAGCUUCUGGAAGUAGUUCACAUCGUUCGCAAAAUCAACAAUCACCUCUAAAGCCUACUGCUUCAAGUAGAAGUCGUGGUUUAUCGUCAUGCUCGUCGUCAUCAUCCAGUGGUGAAGAAAACUCGGGCAGCUAUUACAAUGUAACCAAUAAAAAAGAAAAAAAACGAAAACGUGAGAAACCUAAAAGUGAUAAAAAUAAAAUAAGCACUUUAACACGGAUAUUUAAUCCACGAGAAGGUGGUGCGAAAAAACAAGGUCAAGUGGUUAUAAUUGACCAAUCCGAAGAAAUGUUAGUAAAAGAACAACAUCAAGCGCAGCAACAACAGUCACAACAACAACAAUCCCAACAGCAGCAGCAGCAACAAACUCAACUUCAACAAAAACAUAUAUCACCAAAUGCGGCCUUUAAAACAAGUCAAGAGAAUUUAACACAAUUAAUGUCGCCUGCCUCUUCUACAAAUAUUACCCAUUCAUCACAAUCACCACGCAUUACAUCUGGUCAAAUGAAAUCACCACGCAAUCCAGUGUCAUCACAAUUAAUUCCCCGUCGUACGCCAGAUCGUUCAAGUUCAAGCGCUGAACGCAAGUCACAGCAUCGGAUUAAAACGCCCACUCGAACGCCAACACGUACACCGCCAAAUACACGUACCCCAACUCCUACACAAUCAACUACUACAACACAGCUUACGUCUACAGCGCCAGCUGCUUUAACCUUUACUAAUCAAUCUUCACUUGUUUGUUCAAUCGAUCUCUCGCGAUUGCGACGCAUUCCUCCUGAAUGGUAUGUCAACAGAAAUCGGGUGUGCACACCAGGAGGUGGACACACUCCAUCUACGUAUCAUAUAGGCGCUGGACCGCCUUCAGACCGCACACCUAUUUAUGAUCAUGAAACUAUUUUGAAUGCUGACUUGCAAGCAACACAAUUGUCACAGAGACUGAAAUCCCGAACGGCUAGCAGAAGCCACAGUACUUCACGCAGUACUGGCAGCCGUACACCAACACAACUUAAUGCCGCCGUUGCCCCAAUAGAUCGUGAACUAUCACGUUCUCGUGAAAGCCUGCCCGAAGGCAAACAAAGACUGGAAGAUGUUAAUAGUAACGGUCGUAGUAGUCGGUCAGUUGAUGGUCCAACAACUCCAAAAGAUCCACAACUUUACAAUACACAUGGAGUUCCAUCAGCACAUUUAACACCAAACGGUUACACACCGAGAGGACUUUCAUCUUCACUUACAAGCGGUGGUAGCAGUAAUGGCAGUUCACCAUCAACCAAACUUAUAACUGGCGUGAAACCAGAACGUAUCAAAUAUGAGAUUGACGCAGAGGCAUCAUUAACACCGACCAGCACACACGCUUUUAGCAGCGAAACUAAAUUCAAAGCUAACAAAACUGCUGUUAAACAAGAACUUAAACCUGACUUAAAACCAACCGAGCUCGCCCUAUCGGGUAAACUUUUAGAUGCCUCAGUUACCAAAACCGAAAGUAAAUCACGUCGUAAACGCAGUACCAGUUCAAGCUUAAGCCCAUAUAAGGAAAAGAAGAGGAAAAAAGAAAAAGAAAAAGAAAAGGAAAAAGAAAAGGAAUCCUCGUCUUCGACCAAUACAAAAGAAAAAGAUAAAGACAAAGUACGUGAUAAGCAUAGCAGUCGUAGUAGUAAGAGCAAAGGAAGCAAUGGACAAAAACAGAAGGAACUGCAAGCAUUAGGUCAACAGAUGCAACCCACAAACCACGAUCGGUUAUUGCACAAUAUUAGCACCUCUAGUCCUGCGCAUUUACAAAACACCUCAGUCAGUGCAACAACAAUAAUGCCACCACCAUGUAGUGCCAAUUUUGCUGGUGCAACCAUUGCAACGAGCACAACGACUACAACUAUUCUAUCGGUACCACAAGUUAUAUACCGCUCGUAUUUUGAACGCGAUGACGGUGCUUUAACAGACGAUUUUAGCAAAAAUAACAAAUUCCUACAAGAGGCUGUUAGUAGAAAACAUGCUGCAGAUAAGGAGACUGAUGACUUCAAUAAAGUGACAUUAUAUCUGGAGGCUGUGGUGUAUUUUUUAUUAUCCGGUUCAGCAAUGGAACAACACAAGCAUAGCGAGGAUUCCGCUUGGACCAUGUACAAGGAAACAUUUACUUUAAUUAAAUUUAUCUCAUCGAAAUUCCGACACUUACAAGAAUCGUCAUCAAAUGGACAACUGGAAACACUUAAUAAAGUUGCUAUCCUUAGCCUUCGUUGCCAGUCGCUAAUCUCGUUAAAACUAUAUAAAAUCAGGCGGCACUUCUGUCACAGCAUUAUUACUGUAUGCAAUGACUUCUUCAAGAAUGGAAAAAACAGUGAAGUUGUUAACGGCAAUACUCAAUCGCCAUCUAAUUCGGGUACUGGAUCCAAUACACCACCUGGCAAAACUGUGUCUCAGGAUAUACUCUCCGCUUUAAUGCAACAAAAUCAAUUUUUUAGUUAUGUAGCAAGUAGUCAUGAAUUAUGGGAUGAAGCGGAUCGAUUAGUUAAGCGUGGCAACCAUACUGAUUUCUUCAUCGCACUCGAUCACGAGAAUGGUCCACUAACAUUACAUAGCACAAUGUACGAAGUGUUCCGCUAUGUGCAGGCGGGUUUAAAGAAACUUAAAGAAAAUAUUGUAGCUAAAAAAUAAUGUGUGCUCGUAUAUUAAGAAAAAAUUAAACAAUCAACAUACGAUACACAGCAUCCUCACUCAAUAUACUAAUUGUUAUUAAAAAAAAAUUAUAUACAAUAUUGUAAAAAAAAAAAUCAAAACAAAAACAAAGUAAAUGAUAACAAAGACGUACCAGCAAGCAUUAGAAAUUGUUUAUAAACAAUACCGAAAACUUUAAGCGCCGAAUGUUGGUCGUUCCAAGAAUUUUAACUAAUUUAAUUCAAUUAUAAACUGAAUUAUAUGAG